GGAGAAUUCCGAGGAGAAUUCCAAACAAAGUUUUUCUCUCUGCUUUUCCGGGAUUUUUUCACAAAAACUCAGCAAAUAAUUGUAAAAUGUCUGAUGUGGAUGAUGAUUUUAUGUGUGAAGAUGAGGAGGAUUAUGGUUUGGAGUACUCAGAGGAUAGUAAUUCAGAGCCCGAUGUGGAUCUGGAGAAUCAGUACUACAACAGCAAGGCGCUGAAGGAGGACGAGCCGGAGGCCGCCUUGGCAUCCUUCCAGAAGGUGCUGGACUUGGAGAAUGGCGAGAAGGGCGAGUGGGGCUUUAAGGCGCUGAAGCAGAUGAUCAAAAUCAACUUCAAGCUGGGCAAGUACGUGGAGAUGAUGACACGAUACAAGCAAUUGCUCACAUACAUCAAGAGCGCCGUGACGAGAAACCACUCGGAAAAGUCAAUCAACAGCAUUCUGGAUUACAUUUCCACGUCCAAGAAUAUGGAAUUGCUGCAGAACUUCUAUGAGACAACUCUCGAUGCCCUCAAAGAUGCCAAAAAUGAUCGGCUGUGGUUCAAGACCAACACAAAAUUGGGAAAAUUGUAUUUUGAUCGCAAUGAUUUCACCAAACUGCAGAAGAUCCUCAAGCAACUGCAUCAGUCUUGUCAGACGGACGACGGUGAGGAUGACCUGAAGAAGGGCACGCAAUUGCUGGAGAUCUACGCUCUGGAGAUCCAAAUGUACACCGUGCAGAAGAACAACAAGAAGCUGAAGGCGCUCUACGAGCAGAGCCUGCACAUCAAGUCCGCCAUUCCGCAUCCGCUGAUCAUGGGCGUGAUCCGGGAGUGCGGCGGGAAGAUGCAUCUGCGCGAGGGGGAGUUCGAGAAGGCGCACACGGACUUCUUCGAGGCAUUCAAGAACUACGACGAAUCGGGCUCACCACGGAGGACGACGUGCUUGAAAUACCUCGUGCUGGCCAACAUGCUAAUGAAGUCGGGCAUCAAUCCUUUUGACUCGCAAGAGGCGAAGCCGUACAAGAAUGAUCCCGAAAUUCUCGCCAUGACGAAUCUCGUGGUGUCGUAUCAGAAUAACGACAUCAAUGAGUUCGAGUCGAUCCUGCGGAAUAAUCGCAACAAUAUCAUGGAUGAUCCGUUCAUCCGGGAGCAUAUUGAGGAUUUGCUGCGCAACAUCCGGACACAGGUGCUGAUUAAGCUGAUCCGGCCGUACACGCGCAUCGCCAUUCCCUUCAUCUCCAACGAGCUGAACAUCGAACCCGCCGAGGUGGAGAGUUUGCUGGUGUCGUGCAUUCUGGACAACGCCAUCCACGGGCGCAUCGACCAGGUGAAUCAGGUGCUGGAGCUGGACCAGGAGACGCUCUGCACCACACGCGACUACGCCAUGGAGAAGUGGUCCAACCAGAUUCACUCACUCCAACUCGCGGUGAUCAACAAGAUGUCCUAGAAAGCACACGUCUGCAAGUCCAACUCUCACACGCGCACUCUCCAAGUGAUCUCGCGGCAUGGUAGCUGAGAAGAGCGAAUAAAAGAGAGUCAAAUGAA